GUGGCCCGCGUUUGCCUGCACAGAAUUAAAAAAAAAACCAAGUAAAUUUUACGGUUGAACGUUUAGUUACUUGUGCCUGUGUCAAAUUGAGCCGAAUUUAAAAAGUAAAGCUUAUAGUCGGCCAUUGGAUAAUUUUAAAAAUUCGAAUUGUGCAGUGAUUUUCUUUUUCGGAGCUCCAGUUUUUCGAACUAUUUAUUUUUUAUUCGGAAAAGGGAAGGAGAUAUCUCAACAGCCUAGAAGAAUAGCAUGCACCAGAGAUAACCUCUAAAUAAAAAAACAAGAUGGCGCCACAAGAGCGAACUCCUUGUUGUGAGCAAGAAGAUUCCCGCCAAAACUCAACCAUAGACAACCUGUCAAACAUAGACUUGAGUGGCGGCUUUGUGAACAAAGGCUACGUCAACGAUACAGCCGAAAAUGUUGCCACAGUAAACUUCAAAAAGGAUGAUAAUUUAGAAAAAAAGAAAAAAGCAACGGAUUUUGACGAUUUAUUGCCAUAUGUGGGGGAAUUUGGACUUUACCAGAAGAUUUUGUUCCUACUUAUGAUACCGUUUGCGUUUUUCGUUGCGUUCGUGUAUUUUUCGCAAAUUUUCAUGACGAUAGCGCCUGAACAACAUUGGUGCUGGGUGCCCGAGCUGGCCAAUCUGACAGUCGAAGAGAGACGAGCGCUAGCUAUCCCCCCCAAGACCGAGGGUCCCUUCUCUCACGACCGCUGCCGUAUGUACAAGACUGACUGGGCGCAGGCCCUGGCUGAGGGGCGGAGCACCCCUGAUGAUGAGUGGCCUGUAGUCCCCUGCCAGAGCGGCUGGGAGUACAACACCAGCGAUGUGCCCUAUGAGACCAUCGCUUCGCAGCUGGACUGGGUGUGUGAGAAGGACAGCCUGCCCGCCACAGCCCAGGCCAUCUUCUUCUGCGGUGCCAUAGUCGGUGGUUUCGUCUUCGGCUGGAUAGCUGAUAAAUACGGCAGAAUACCUGCUUUAGUUGGAACAAACCUGAUGGGCUUCAUCGCUGGAGUAGGCACAGCAUUUUGCGACAGCUUCUGGUCCUUCGCUCUCUGUCGGUUCCUCGUGGGCUUGGCGUUCGACAACUGCUUCACUAUGAUGUACAUCCUUGUGCUAGAAUACGUGGGGCCGAAGUGGCGUACCUUCGUAGCCAACAUGUCUAUCGCGUUGUUCUUCACUCUCGCUGCUUCCCUGCUGCCCUGGAUCGCCCUGUGGGCUGAUGAUUGGAGACGGUUCGCGCUUGGAACCAGUGUGCCUUUCAUCUUGGCUGCUGCUACUCCUUGGCUGGUACCAGAGAGUGCUAGAUGGCUGGUGUCACAAGGAAAGAUCGACAAGGCUUUGACGAUCAUGAAGAAGUUUGAGAGGAUCAACAAAACGAAGAUCCCAGAGAAAGUCCUUAGUGAUUUCACGGAAUCAUCCCUAAAAACGAUCAAAGAGUGCGAAGCUGAGUCCCGGACCUACUCCGUGUUGGACCUGUUCAAGACUCCACGACUCCGGAGGAACGCCAUCCUGCUCAUUGUGAUAUGGAUGGCCAUAUCUCUGGUGUUCGAUGGCCAUGUCAGAAAUGUCGGCUCCUUGGGUCUGGACAUCUUCCUCACCUUCACCAUUGCGUCUGCUACUGAGUUACCAGCUGACACGUUCUUGACUGCUGUUUUGGACAGAUGGGGCAGGAGAUGGCUGGCGUGUGGCUCCAUGGUCAUCAGUGGCAUCUUCAGCCUACUGGCAACGGCUGUGCCAGUUGGUGGACCGUCAGCCUCUCUGGCUAUCCUCGGCCGUUUUGCCGUCAACAUCUCUUACAACAUUGGUCUUCAGUACGCGGCUGAACUGCUACCCACUGUAGUGAGGGCCCAGGGCGUUGCCUUGAUACAUAUCAUGGGUUAUGUCGCUUCCAUCGUCGCGCCUUUCGUCGUUUAUCUGGCCAACAUAUCCCAGGACCUACCACUCCUGAUCCUCGGCGUGCUGGGCAUCUUUGGAGGCCUGCUCUGUCUGUUCCUGCCAGAGACCAUGGACACUGAGAUGCCGCAGACCCUUCAGGACGGAGAGAACUUCGGAAAAGACCAGAGGUUCUGGGAUAAUCCUUGUUUCCCCAGAAAAACCGUCGAAGACCCAGAGAAUCCAGGAAAGUACGUCAAACGCCAUUCCAUCCAGGAUAACCAGGAGUUCGUAAGAGCUAUGCCCGGGACGAUAGGCUCCAGAGCCUCAAUUAGAGCCUCCAUCAGGGCUUCAACCAGAUCCCAGAGGAGAGAGAGCAGCGAAAGAACGGAGAACGCCGCAUGAGUCCAAAAAAAUACAAAUAAUGUAAACAUAAAUAGCCUA